AAAACAUCAAUGUUUUUUUUCAAUUAUUUUAAACCACAUAACUACCUAAAACUUUUGAAAUUGUCCUCAUUAUUUUUACCAAAAACAUAUUUCGUUUGUGAAAAAACAAAGAAUUUUAUAAAUUAAUUUUUCCGUUAAGCAUUUGACAUUGCCCAAGAAAAGUUUACUAUUCUACCAAUCGUCAACAAAUUAUUUGUUGUUAUAUCAACGACCUUUGUAUUUUAUGUGCAAUGCAAUAUCCGGUUACUUUUAUCACAGGAAUCAAAUCCUCAAAUAUAUCUCCAAUUUGUACUAAAUAAAUGUGUUUUGUUGCUUUGCUUAUCUCUAAGCCGACAUGGAAGGUGUUAAUUCCUUUAUGGUACUUUACAAACGAUUUGAAAUGAUAUGUUUUAAGUUAGUCCAAUCAACGGAGGAGCAAAUUACAAACAAUUUGCGAGAAGGUGGGAUCAACACGAGACCAUCCGACAGCAAUGGUGUAUGGUGUCCGCUAUUGCUGCCGGCUAUCAUGCUUCUGUAUUGCUGGACUGACCAAGCGUCAAUGCUUUACAAACUAAUAGCAUUUAUUUCCCUCAGCUUAUUGAUCUAUAGUUUUUUAUUUGUACUAUUUCUAUCAACAUCACAUGUGGUCAUCACAGAUCCAGUGUAUGGAGGCUGCUUGGCUUCCAGCUUAAUAGCUACUUUAGCUAUGUACGCUGGUCUAAAACAAGGUCUAUUAUUUUCAUUAUCAAUAACUCUGUUGUCGACAAUUUUGUUUGCGUGGCUACUAAGAUAUAGCUUGACAGAAUUUCACAAAACUUUCACUAUCGGUGAGGCGAUGAUUGUCUGUCAAUCUGUGAUACUAUUUGUGAUGAUGGCAUUUACUAAGUUCUUCUUCAGUAUAUCUGACGGUGAUGACGAGAUGGAUUUUGUUAAUAAUAUUGUGUAUACAGUUUUAUCAACAGUGGGUUUGAUUGUUGCAGUAUUAUAUCAUCUGAAGGAUUCCCAGAGGAACCUGAAAGUUUUGUCAUACAUACUGCUGUCCGCAGUUGCAUUUGUACUGCUUAUAUUGCAUACAUUACUUGGAGACAAUUGUAUUGAAAAAAUUCUCAAUUAUGUUUUCUAUCAUGGGAACAGGUCAAGAAUAUUUACAUUCUGGUUGAUAUUGGUGUUGUUAGCAGUUUGUGCGUUAAUGUUCAGAACCAAACUAGCAAUUAAGGCGACCACUGUAACAAGGAAGACUUUCCAUAUAUUGGCAUCUUUAGUAUUCAUGUCCGGCAUAUUGUUAGACAUCCACUUGAUGUAUCUUGCUGCAGGCGUGGGUCUCGCAAUACUGGUUUUUGUUGAGGCGUUACGUAAAUCCCGCAUUGAACCAAUCUCAUCAGCAUUGCAAUCUGCAUUUGUUGUUUACUGCGAUGAAAAGGAUUGCGGAUCAUUUGCUAUGACCCCUAUAUAUCUUUACACGGGUCUGGCGUGCCCGCUGUUGUUGGUGCCUGGCGAGUCGUAUCUGGAUCGUCUGUCGGGAGUGUUGUCGGUGGGUGUGGGAGACACAGCCGCCAGUUGGUUCGGAUCUAACUACGGCUUCCAUAAAUGGCCAGAAAGUAGCAGAUCCUUUGAAGGCACACUAUUUAAUAUUCUAUCACAAAUUGGAACUGUGUAUAUGCUCACGUUAUUUGGUCUGUUGAAUGAAGCUGACUCCGUCCCAAGGACAUGUUUUUCCGCGUUAGUAUGUUCCUUAGUAGAAGCUCGGACCUCGCAGGUCGAUAACCUGGUGCUGCCUCUCGUCAUGCUGUUGGCGUAUCGAGCCGUGUGAUCGCACGGACCAGUAUAACACAUUGUUGAACCGGACUGAUGUUCUGAAGAUUUUCUUUAGUGAAAUGCGCU